CUCAAACAACAACCUCUUCAAAUUCUUUGGUGUGCUGCCACCCAAAUCAAAAGUCUUCUUUCUUCCUCUUCUUUUUCAUUCAAAAAACCAUGUCCAAUAACAUGAACCCUAAUUUCCUUGGACCAAACAUGAUGUCCACUACCCCUCCAUCAUAUACAAACCCUAAUCUCCAUUUUCCCCCUGAAAUGCUCCAAGAUUAUGACUAUGAUUUCGACCUUUCCUACGUUAAUACCCUCCUCAAUGAUGAUCAUCACUACUCCAAUGUUGUUAAUAACAACCCCUUUGCUUCUUCUUCUUCCUCUUCUUCAUCUCUUUUCUCACACCCACUACUACCUCCCCCCACCAUUAAUGUGCAAGACAAGAGUAGCACUACUUCUGCAAGCUCCGGCAGCUCUGGCUUUGAUGGAAUAAUGCCCACAACUACUUAUCCCAUGCAAGAAGUGAAGUCCAUGAGGCAGAUGGUGAAUAGAAGAAAGGCGAAGGAGAGGCAUUCAAUUGCUUUUAGGACCAAGACUGAGCUUGAGAUCUUGGAUGAUGGAUACAAGUGGAGGAAGUAUGGGAAGAAAAAAGUUAAAAGUAACUCCAAUCCAAGGAAUUACUACAAGUGCUCGCAUGAAGGGUGCAUAGUGAAGAAGAGGGUGGAAAGAGACGGAGAGGAUUCAAAGUUUUUGAUAACAGAAUACGAAGGAAUACACAACCACGAGAGUCCAUAUGUUAUAUAUUACUACUAAGCUAAGACAUGAUGGCAACAACGUACGGUUGUGAAUAGGUUCGAUGUCUUCUCCAAACACAAUCUCAUCAAUAUUCCCAAACAAAGUAGUUUGCAGUUGAAGCUGAUU